AUGCCCAUCCACUCCUCCGCGCGCGCGCGCACAUCACGCAAAUGCAACGCCUCCCCGCCGCCAGCGGGGGCCGCCCUCGGCCGCAAGCCUGGCCGAGGGCGGGGCGCCCUUUUCCUCGCGCCUGCCCCGUCGAAGCCCCGGGGGGGCACGAGCUCAGGGGCAGCGGCAGCAAGGCAGGGGAGGAGCAGUGGAACAAGUAGCUUCCCUGCGCCCGAGCGCUGCGCCUCGGCGGAGCGCCAGACCUGCCCUCGCCCGAGCGCGCCGCCGGCCUGUGCACUUGUGCUGGCCGCGCGGGCGCCGCUCGGGCAGGCGCCGCUCGGGCAGGCGGCGGCGCGCCUUGGAGGCCGUGUGUGCUGUCUUCGUCGCUCGCGCGCCCUCUCCUCCACCGAAGGAUGA